AUGACUGAGUCGGGAGGCACAGUGGGCUUCAAAAAGGCGGCAGCGUCGCUUAAGGAUUGGGGCCCUAACCCUCAAAUAUGGACGACCUGCUUUCUUGCAUAUCUGGCCGUUGUAGGAUAUCUCUUCGGCGAGAAACAUCCUAAGGCAGUUCCCAACCUACUCAUGUUUAUGAGACAGAUCCUGGACUUCGCCCAGACUUAUCAGUGGUCGGAAGCAGUACUCCCCCUUGCCCUUAAUUUCCACCAAUAUAUACUGGAUAAAGGAGAACUAUCGACGGAAAACUACCUAGUCACAGGCCCAUUCCGCGAGAAAUAUCUCCGCCACAAUCUCACCCUACCUGCGAAGUCACCAACAAACCCCCCCAACACGGCCUCGUCAAGCCAGGAAUACCAGAUCUUCGAACAAUGA